AUGUCUGUGUCCCCAGGAAAAACAGCCGUUAAACGGGCCGCGGGGCGGGGCCACCGAAGGGGGGCAAGAAGCGGCGCGGGGAUUGGCGGAAGCGGGACGUUCAAACUAGUAUGGGUCGCGCUGAUUGGCUCGCGGCCGCCGCGGCAGGCCAGGCUCCCUCCUCGCGCUCGGGCGGGUUAUUGUCUGGCGGCUCCUGCGGCGGCCUCGGCGCGGACUCGGCAGCGGGGCUCGGGCGGCGGCACCAUGGCUGGUGGUAAAGCUGGAAAGGACAGCGGGAAGGCCAAGGCCAAGGCGGUGUCGCGCUCCCAGAGGGCUGGGCUGCAGUUCCCGGUGGGCCGUAUCCACAGACACUUGAAGACUCGCACUACGAGCCAUGGGCGAGUGGGGGCCACCGCAGCCGUGUACAGCGCUGCCAUCCUCGAGUACCUCACUGCCGAGGUGCUGGAGCUGGCAGGCAACGCCUCCAAGGACCUCAAAGUAAAGCGCAUCACUCCCCGCCACUUGCAGCUCGCCAUCCGUGGCGACGAGGAGUUGGACUCGCUCAUUAAAGCCACCAUUGCCGGAGGAGGUGUCAUCCCCCACAUCCACAAGUCUCUGAUUGGGAAGAAGGGACAGCAAAAAACUGCGUAGAGAGGAGUUUCACCCACCCCUCUUCCUCCCUGUCAUCGUACUGUAACUGGGGCAGAAGAUAUAUUGGGGAUACGUGGAAUUUUUUAAGGAAAUAGUCAAAUGGAAGAGCAUAGGCAAUUGACUGUAGACAGGAGCAAACCAUUUGUAUGUUCUUUAGAUUCAAAGUUUGACAAAAAAAGAGAGAGAGAGAGAGAAAGAAAACCCCUUUGUCCCCUGGCGGCAAUUCAUGUGGUGAUUGGCUAGGCUUCUCCCGUGUGUUUUAUACGAAAAUGGAAU